AUGCCUGGCCGUGCCAACCUACGGCAUGGCAUCGACCGCGAUGUCUACCAGCUCGUCCUGAAACUGGAGAUUGAGGAGGAAGACAGGCGAGAGGCCAUCAUCGAGAAGGAAGGCAAGAACAGCAAAAACCUGUCGAGCAGGCGAGGGCUCUCAGUCUCAUCCGUUUACGACUCAAUAAAACGGUCCAACUCGAGUCUUGCACGCCAAAAGAAGAAGCUACUGGAGGACUCCAUCGAGCGGGUGCUCGACUUACGACGAGAGGAGGCCAAAAAGGACGCGGUCGAGGAUUCGGACGAUGCAAUUGAGGCGGCGGAGGAGGCCGAAGCGGCCAAGAGAAACAAGUCGGCCGAGGCGAUGGCUACAGGGUUUCUGAACAAGCAGAUUGCGAAGGCGUGGGGUUUGGCCGCGCCGAAGCUGCCUGCGACGAUGGCAGUGAGUGGUGAAGGUGUGGCGGUGGUAGAAAAUGGCGGAGGGGAGGCGGGUGCCGCUGGUGAAGGGGGAGCGGGCUCAGUUCCACAAACCCCCGGACUCGGAGCGGUUGCUGUAGCUCCAGGAUCAUCUGAGAGACAGGCGAAUGGAGAGCCUAGGGGAAAGAAGAGAAAGGCGGAGAAGAUAUCGAAGGAGAAGGAGGUCGACCGGUCGCCGCCCACGGGCAUCUCCAUCAAGGACAUUGCCGGUGUGGAUGAUACCUUGGACAAGCUUCUACACGAGGUGUGGUUCCCGCUUUGUGCGGGUGAGGCCUGCGCCAAGAUGGGAUACCGUUACGACAAUGGCGUGCUCCUCCACGGCCCUUCGGGCUGCGGCAAGACCACGCUUGCUCACGCCGUGGCUGGCAGCGUUGGCGCCGCCUUCAUUCCCGUCUCUGCGCCUUCUAUCGUCGGCGGCACCUCGGGCGAGUCAGAAAAAAAUAUCCGUGAUGUCUUCGAUGAAGCGAUCCGUCUCGCCCCGUGCCUCAUCUUUAUCGACGAAAUCGACGCCAUUGCUGGCAAGCGUGAGAGCGCUAAUAAGGGCAUGGAAGGCCGCAUCGUAGCGGAAAUUAUGAACGGCAUGGACCGCAUCAAGCAGCAGACACCCCUUGGCAAGAAUGUCGUCGUUCUAGCCGCCACCAACCGUCCGGACUUUUUGGAUCCCGCCAUCCGUCGCCGCUUCAGCGCCGAGAUCGACAUGGGCAUGCCCAACGAGCGCGCCCGCGAGCACAUCCUCAAGUCCCUCUCUCGCGACCUCAACGUGGCCGACGACGUCAAUUUCGCCGAGCUUGCCAAGCUAACACCCGGCUACGUUGGUUCCGAUCUGCAGUACGUCGUCAAAGCCGCCGUGUCCGAAUCCUUCCGUGGAAGUCUCGACGCCCUCCUCGAAAAGGCGCGCCAACUGCGCGCUGCCGCUGCAGAAGCCGCCACUGCCGCUAUCACCUCCGACUCCCCCGAGGGCCACGAAGAGCAACAAAAACAGAUUCAAAAGGAACUCGACGACACCCUCACCGGCAUCUCCCAAAAACAGCGCGACUGGCUCCUCCUCGAGGACCACCGCCAAGCCUCAUGGUCCGACAGCUGCAUCACCAUGGCCCAAUUCCGCCUCGCCGUCUCCCGCGUGCAGCCGGCCUCCAAGCGUGAAGGCUUCAGCACGAUUCCUGACACCACGUGGGCGCAUGUGGGCGCUCUGGACGAAGUCCGCAAGAAGCUCGAGAUGAGCAUCAUCGGCCCCAUCAAGCGGCCCGAACUUUUCACCAAGGUGGGCAUCAAACCGGCCGCCGGCAUUUUGCUCUGGGGUCCUCCAGGCUGCGGUAAGACGCUGGUCGCCAAGGCCGUAGCCAACGAGUCCAAAGCCAACUUCAUCUCCAUCAAGGGUCCCGAGUUGCUGAAUAAGUAUGUGGGCGAAUCCGAGAGAGCAGUCCGCCAGCUUUUCGCGCGCGCCAAGUCUUCGGCCCCCUGCAUCUUGUUCUUUGACGAGAUGGACGCCCUGGUGCCCAAGCGCGACGACUCGCUCUCCGACGCCAGCGCCCGCGUCGUCAACACCCUGCUCACGGAGCUUGACGGUGUUGGCGACCGCAGCGGUAUUUACGUCAUUGGCGCUACGAACAGGCCAGACAUCAUUGACGAGGCGAUCAGAAGACCGGGCAGAUUGGGAACGAGCAUCUACGUCGGCUUACCCAGCGCCGAGGAUCGGGUGGACAUUCUCCGGACACUUUACAGGAACUCGAUUGCGAGGGCCAAGGCUUCCCAGGCGGCUGCUGCUCCUCCUCCUCGUCCUACGCCUACUACGACACCCGCUGUGGAGGGAGACGUAAUGGAUAUCGAUGGCGGCUCUGGCGCUGUCCUGCCAGGCCAACAAACGCCCUCGGCCACCGCGGCCGCUAUGGACGAGACCAUGCAGCAGGCAGAGAAGCAGCUGGAGCGUGUUGCGCUUGAUUUGCGCUGCACCGGCUUCUCGGGUGCCGAUCUGGGCAACUUGAUGCAGGCGGCUGCCCAGGCUUGUUUGGAGAGGGCGUACCUGAGCCAGAUGUACCAGUCUAAUAAGGAGAGUGGUACGCCAACGGAGGAGGAGAAGGUGACGGAUAUGGUGGCUAACCCGGUCAUCACUCCGGAGGACUGGGAGAAGGCGCUGAACGAGGUGAAGCCUAGUGUGAAAGAUCCGGAAAAAUAUGUCCAUAUUGAUUAGCAGAUGAGAAGGGAUUGCAAUAUGGCGUUCUAGGGUUUAUAAAAAUGGUCUUGAUGCUUUGAUUAUACCUAUAGAUUUAUUUGGGUAUCGGAAACAUGAAAAUUGCCGAUUAUGGUAGGCAUGUUGCGAG